GAAACUUUGAGGGAAAUUUUGAGUCGCUGGACCUCGCAGAAUUUGCUAAAAAGCAGCCAUGGUGGCGCAAGCUAUUUGGGCAGGAAUCUGGGCCCUCAGCUGAAAAAUAUAGCGUGGCAACCCAGCUGUUAAUUGGAGGCGUCACUGGAUGGUGCACGGGUUUCAUAUUCCAGAAGGUUGGGAAGUUGGCUGCAACUGCUGUAGGAGGUGGAUUUUUUCUCCUUCAGCUUGCAAACCAUACUGGGUACAUCAAAGUGGACUGGCAGCGAGUGGAGAAGGACAUGAAGAAAGCCAAAGAGCAGCUGAAGAUCCGUAAGAGCAACCAGAUACCGACAGAAGUCAAGAGCAAGGCUGAGGAGGUGGUGUCCUUUGUCAAGAAGAAUGUUCUAGUGACUGGGGGAUUUUUCGGAGGCUUUCUGCUUGGCAUGGCAUCCUAAGGAUAAUGACUCUACUUCCAUUGUUCCUGGUUUUCCCAGCCAGCAGUCUCCACGCUCCACUAUAGGACGUUGAGUCACUCUUCCUCUUCUCCCGUGCCUUCCUCCUUGCCGUGGCAGAUCUGAAUGGCUUCUGUAGACAUCAUUGACGGCGAUGGAAGAAACAGUAGAUGGUAGCUCUCCUCCCAGUACACUGCUCCCCAUGUGGCCAGUCUGUAGGUCAGCAAGAAUGUUCCUUUCCCUCCUACAUGAGACACUUUCCAGAACAUGUUGCAAGAUGGCUCGCCAUGGAGGAUGAGUGAGAAAGGAGCACAUAGAUAACUGUUUAAUGUGCUGCUUGGAAAGGAAUGGAAUACAUUUGCCUUUAAGCAUGAACGA